CAGCCAGACCCCUCUGAAACGGUGACAUAUAAGGAACUCGAACAGUUCAGUGGAACAAAUACAAAAGCAUGAAUAAUUUUCCAGCGGUGCUUGCGGUUUUCCUGCUGCUCACUGUGGCAUUGACAGAGGCCGCUGUGUACAUCGGAGGCGGAUGUUAUGACUGUAAUCCGCCCGGUGGUCAAGGGCCAGGCAUAUAUACGGGAAAUGGUGGAGGCGGCCGAGGCGGUGGUGGCUACUAUAACCCAGGAUCUGGAGGCGGCGGUGGCGGACGUCCGGUUUACUCGGGAAACUUUGGACCAAAUGGUUAUAAUGGCGGUGGCCGGAGUUACAGUGGCGGCGGUAGAGGCGGCGGCGGUGGCGGUGGCUACGAUGAUGGCUUCACGCAAAUCAUAAGCGGUUAAAACUAGUAUAGUUGUUUAAAUAUACACUUAGAAAAAAAAAAAAUGCAGCACAAUAUUCAAAUGGCCACUCUGCACAAACUUCAAGCGCAGUUUCGCAACGGCUGCUUCAACUUUUUCAAUUAAAACAAACAUUUUCAAUGGGGCUUCACGGCGUCCGAAUAGCUGUCAAAACAAAGUUGCUUGCAUGAAUUGCAAAAACUAAUACGACUUCAUUGCGAAAAAAAUAUUAAUUACAUUCGAUGCAAACUU